UCUUACACAAACUCUCGAUAUCUCUCUAAUCCUUUAGGCAAUUCAUCGAAUCAUCAACAUCCAAGAAUUUCAAGAAUGGUGUACUCAUACGCACCCACAUACUACUCCUCUCUCCAUGAGUCUGUCACCUCUUUAUGCAAGACCAUCCUUCCCUUCAGCUUCAAGAAACGCCGCUUACCGGCCGCGGAGAAAAAGCAGUCUAAGCUUCAGUCCGACAAUCUCAAAUGGCAGCAGGACUCUUUCCACCAGAUUCUCAACUUGAUGGGUCUUCACAAAGAAGGCAUUUUGGCCGAGACUGAAGUCUCAGCUUUUCGAUCCCAUUUGCUUGAUACCCUCAUAUCUGCUCCUGCCGAGCAUGAGCAGCCAGUGAUCUUGAGAGAUAAGCUGCUUUUCUUGCAGGAGCUGUUGUAUGCAAAAUGUAUAUCCGAAGAUGAGUACCAUUCUUCGAAGAGGCCACUGCUGCAGAGAUUGGCAGUGCAAGGAGCUGAGAUUGAGGCCAGAGAUGUAAUUGUUUCUGGGGCACCACUUAAGGAGACCAAAGAGAAUGCUGAGGAGGAGUGGUCUGUAAUUGACUUGAAGGAUGACAAAAGCUUGACGAACAAAGAGGGAUCGAAUUCAAAGAGCAACAAAGGGAAGCAUGGCUCGGCAAUGAAGCAAAGCAAAGGAGCAGCUUCGGUAUUGGGGUUUGUCUCGCCUUACAAACAGGGGAAGAACAGAGAAGAGAGGAGCAUUUUCGAUUUGGCCAACAAUUCUAAGCAUGAAACAAACUCAAUUCUAAUGCCGGAAAGCUUGCCUCCGGUGAAAGAGAGUGGUAGCUCGGAUAGGACUAAGAGGAAACCGUUUAGGAACCUGUUUCAUAAAGAACAGAAAGAGGGGAAUGGUGAUGAGAACUGUGUCGAGCAGGAUCAAACACCUUCGAAAUCGGCUAAGAAGAAAUGGGGGUUUGAUGGGUUGAAAAAAUGGAAGAGGAAUGAGUCAGAGGAUGAGACAACUCCUCUGCCUCUUAAUGAGAGAUCAGACAGUGAAGUUCAUGUGAGGCUUGUGGCAAGCCCCAUGGGUGAAGGGCCAGACACUAAGCUGAUUAAGAGGAAGCUUCUUUCAGAUGGUUCUCCUUCUGAUUUCUUCAUUGAUAAGGUUGUAGGGGACAAGAUAAAGAAGGAGCUAUCGAGGAUUCAGACCGAGCUUUGCACAUCAAAUCCGAAUCUCAAGUUUUCGAAUGACCAAAUUGAAGCAAUUUCGACUAAGCUUCCAGUAGACAAGGCUGAACUAAAGAAGUUUUUCCCCAAGUCAUGGUGUGAUCGGUAUGGCGAUGUGGUUCUGGAUGUGGUGAAGAAAGAAUUCAAGGAUCACGUUGGGGAAAUGGAGAGCUUGAGGAAUGCAGCAAGAGAGAAGCAUGGCAUGAACUCGGCGCGAUGGACGACAUUCCAAGAUGAUGAUGAAAAUUGUCACCCGAAUCUCUUUGCUAACCGAGAUCAUCAUGCAUACUAUAGUAGUGGCACUUCAAGGUUCCAUGAAACCAAUCCUUUCUGUGAUGAUCACACUACUGGCGAUGGAAGCAAUGCCAGCAAGCUGAGAUCUAAACCAUCUUUUGCCCAAGAUCAGAACCAGAACCCCUUCUGGAUCCCUGGACAUGGUUAUUGAUCACACCGGCACUGAUUCAUUUUCUGGGUAAUGCCUUCUAGGGGAGUAGUAAUGUGCUCUGUUUUCAUAUCAUGUAUUUUGAUUGGGAAAUCGUUUAUGGUUCUGGAAAAAACUUGGCUAACAAAGUAACUCAAACUCUAUGUUUGACUUGUAAUUAGGCAAAUGUAAUUUCUCCUUGUUGCUCUCCUAGAGUAACAGGUUGGUGAUUUAUUCAAGUGCUCCCAU